AUGUUCAAGUCCAAGUUCCUGAGCUUCGUCUCCUUGACGCUCCUCCCUGCGGCUCUCGCCCAGUCCGAAUACACCAACCUCCCAGCCACAGCACCCGGCGUCUUCAACGCGACCGCACGCAUAGAAAUCAAGAGCACCGUCCCCGCCGCCUGGGACGUACUCACCGACUUCGCCAACUACGCAGCCUGGAACCCGUUUGGCAACAUCACACUGCCUGAGCAGCGACCGGUCGAGGGCAACUUCCUCUUCUUCCGAGUGCAGAUUCCUGCGCUUCCGCUGCCGGUGAACAAGGACACGCCCGACAAUCUCCUGAACACGCAGUUGUCCGCUGAGCGCAUAACUCAUGUGCAACCCGAGUUGGGAAGAUUGGCAUGGGAUUACUUGGGGGAACUCGCUAUUGCCUCGACGCGCUGGCAGGCGCUCAGCGACAUAGGCAAUGGCACAGUGUUGUAUGAGUCGAUAGAAGUGUUUCACGGGUUGUUUGCUGGAGUCUUGAAGGAUACGCUUGGAGAGAGUCUGCAGCAGUCUUUCGAGGCACAGGCAGAGGGACUAAAGUUAUACCUUGAGUGUUGA